AUGGCGUCCUCUAGCACAGCAGCGGGUUCCUAUCCGCCUCUCUACCAGCCCCUCAACAAGGAUAAACGAGAGAUACGUCUUCUUGAGAUCCUUCCCAACACUCCUGACGGCAAAGUCAACUGCAAACUCCACACCGUCCUCCUUACACCGGAUCUUUACUACACCUGCAUUGCCUACGCCUGGGGUGACCCGAAAGUCACAGAAGAGAUCAUCGUUGAUGGUGUCCCACGGCAAGUUACCGUCACCCUCGCUACUGCACUUCGGCAUGUGAAGAAGCACUGGACUGUUAUCGAGCGAGAGGCAGAUCCUGAACUCGACACUUCCAAGUUCCGCUUGUGGGCUGAUGUACUCUGUAUCAACCAAAGUGAUUUAACUGAAAGACUAUACCGAGUCAGCAUGAUGGCAGAUAUCUACUCUUCGGCAGCAAUGGUUCUGGCCUGGCUUUCUUCCAGCGAUAAAGAUGUCAGCGAAGUGUUCAAGACUUUCGAACGGUUGGUCCACAUUGCCGAAGAAUAUGCUGGAACACUCAACCCCACGGGUCUUACAGAAGGCGAAAUUUUUGAGCGAUUUGCUGGAGUUUCUUGGGACCCGGAAAAGUCGUCUUGGCUCUCUACUGGCUUUACUUUUGAUGAAGCACGCUUCCAUUGGGUUUUCAGUGGGCCUUGUGAAGCCGUAUCGAAUUUCUGUCAACUAGAAUUUUGGAACAGAGUUUGGGUUCGUCAGGAGAUCAUUCUUGCAAGAAAGCUAUACUUUGUAUCUCCGUCUUAUUUCAUUCACCACUCGUCAUGUGUCGUGGCACUUGUCGGAAUAGACAACUACCUAAAACGCAAGGCUGGCAAGGAAAAGGAUUCUUUAAAACGGUACGCUAUUGCAAAACUCAAACGAGACGCCUGGAAAAUCUUGUAUGUCUUCGUGACCCGCCUUAUAGCUGAGGAAUCCGGUAAGGUCAAUGAAAUUAAAAGCAUUAGGCGUGGCAUGUGGUAUCUGAGCUUGUACUUCUCUCUAGAUUCCGAAGCUUCUAAUGCUCUAGACUGUGUGUACGGCCGCUUGGCUGUGACAGAAUCGCCAAUCAUACCUGACUAUACCAAGUCCAUCCGCGAGGUUAAUCUCGAGUUCAUGACGUGGGUUGUUUCUUGUUGGAAGUCUGUCCAUAAGAAGGCAAUGGAUUUGAAUCAUCGGAUUGUUAUCAAAGAAGGAUGGCGCUUGGGACAUUACAGCUUCUUGAAUCGCCAUGCUGUUGGCCUUAAACGGCUUUAUGGUCUACCAAGCUGGACUCCUGUGUUUAUAAAGAACGGCAGACGAAAUAACUCUGAAAGGCAUCUUGAGAUAAGGUACUGUGCAUUUGAAACAGUACCUGAGCUAUUCAACAAUCUCCUUAUAGAUAUUGUCGGCGAUAGCUUCUGGGUCAACGGUAUCAAGGCACAGACUGUAAAAACUAUCUACGAUGAGCCCGUGUCUUAUGAACUCAUGACAACCAGUUUACAAAAAUGUAUCAUGACUUUUACACAAUCACCCCAGGAUAUGUAUCCCAACGGCAAAAGCGUGCUAGAGGUACUUUGCUGCACUUUGCUCCAAACAAGAACAUAUGAGAACUUUGCUUUCAACGCCGGCCUUUGCAUUGGCAAAUGGCUUUCGCCCACGCGUCUAGUUCGGCAGGGCGAGUGGAGAAGACAAUGGUUACAAAAGCCAUACGUAGCUGCGGUACUAGCCGAGUGGAUAUUUGCGGGAAGGGCUUUCUACGGAAACAAGCUAUUUAUAACGGAGGAUGGCUAUAUUGGCACGAUGCCAGAGGCUGUUUUGCCUGGAGAUGUGGUCUGUGUUCUUGCAGCCUCUAACGAACUUGCAGUCCUCCGCCCAGAGGAUGACCACUACCUUUUUGUUGGGUGUUGCUUUAUGAUAGGCUUGAUGAAUGGCGAGGUCUCGGAGUUUCUGGCAUCAGGGAAGGCCAAGAUUGAAUCCAUUGAAAUCCGAUGA